AUGGGGACGUCUUCCCCUUUCACGACCUCAGAUACUUCUUCUGUGCAACCCUCAUGUCCCAGACUAACCCGUCCCGCAAUAUGUUUUCCUUGCUCCUACAACCUCUCCCCCGAGGAGCUCUGCACCAAGAUCUCGCUCUGCGACGCCCUCAUCGUCCGCAGCGGGACCAAGGUCAGCCGUGAGUUGUUUGAAUCCUUCGGAGGCAGGUUGAAGGUCGUCGGUAGGGCCGGCGUGGGUAUUGACAAUGUGGAUCUGGCCGCCGCCACCAAGCAUGGCUGGUUGGUCGUGAAUGCGCCGACUGCUAAUACUGUCGCCACCGCCGAGCACGGGAUCGCUCUCUUGGCCGCUAAGCUGACGCCUCCGUUAAAGCCGAGCAUUUCGUCGAGCAGUUUGUAUGCGGCGCAAGAUGCUGCAAGUGGCAGAGGAACAAGUAUGUUGGUGUAUCGCUUGUGGGGAAAACACUUGCGGUUAUGGGUUUUGGAAAAGUUGGCAUUGAAGUUGCCCGGAGAGCCAAGGGACUCGGUAUGCAUGUUAUUGCACACGAUCCAUAUGCCCCAGCCGAUCGUGCCCGUGCAAUUGCUGUGGAACUUGUGA